CGACAAAUUAAAAUUGUGGUGAUUGUGAUAAAAAUGGGAAAGGCACAUACACAGUUCUUGGUAGAGCUCGUUUGAUAAUAAUAUUUUAUCUUGUGGUGUUCUAUAUUAAUUCAUGCAACUGAGUGAUUAAAUUAAUAUCGAAGACUUUUACUUAGUUAAUAUCUUGCCUUAUUUUUAGUUUCAAAAUUUUAAGUGAAUUUUCGAGUCCAAACCCUGAUGCAUAUCAGUCACCUUCCGAAGCUUUCGCGAGUCUUUUUUAUUAUUGUAUUGUUUAGCAUGGUGUGAUCGACUUUAGAUAAAAGUUGUAAUUUAUUCACGAAGCAGUGUUUGCAUUGAUUAGUGGAAAUUGUUGAAGGGUGCUUGUUUCACGUGGCUGAACAGUGUUGAAUCGAUAUAUCUAUGUACUAUUGGAGCAAUAACCCUAUUGUUGUGAAAUGAGUGUGCAUAUUUUGUGACAUGCCUUCCUCCUGAUGGCUAAUAGCUGUUGAUAUUACUUUAGUUGGUAAUCAGGAUUUUAUAAACAAAAAAACAAUGGGGAGGUUUUCGGGGAAGAAGUGCCGACUGUUGUCUAUGCUAUGGCUCACUGGCGGCUUCUUCUUUGUGGAACUGAUUGUGGGAUACAUCACCAACUCUAUGGCACUUGUAGCAGACUCCUUUCACAUGUUGAGCGAUGUCGCCGCUCUGGUUAUUGCCUUCUUAUCAGUUAAAAUGUCACCAAAGAAAUGGUCAAAGAAUACAUUUGGCUGGGCGCGCGCAGAAGUGCUCGGGGCGCUGGUCAAUGCCGUGUUCCUGGUAGCUCUCUGCUUCAGUAUCACCGUGGAGGCUGUGAAGAGAUUCAUAGAGAUAGAGGCUAUACAUGACGCUGAACUGCUGGUCGGCGUCGGGAGCCUAGGUCUGCUGUUGAAUAUCGUUGGGCUGUUCUUGUUUCAUGACCACGGCGGCCACGGCCACUCGCACGGCGGAGUCCCGCCGCCAGCUAACGUCCGCCAUCUGACUGAGAUCGUCAACAGCAACGCGGACAUGGCGCUCGGCCACAACGCGACCGACACCGAGGAGACUGACGAGAUGGUCCCGCCUAAAGCUGAGAAAGUACCCAAUGCUAAGCAGACCCCGUGCAGGCCUAGCAACGACCCAGGCCAUAUGAACAUGAAGGGCGUCUUCCUGCAUAUACUGUCUGAUGCUUUAGGUUCACUAAUAGUGGUCGGGUCAGCGUUGGUGGUAUGGCUCACCGACUGGGAAUACAAAUACUACAUUGACCCAGCGCUCAGUAUAGUGCUGGUAGUGUUGAUACUAGCGUCCGUCUGGCCGCUGCUGAGGGAAUCCUCGCUUAUUCUGCUGCAGACUGUACCCACGCACAUACAAGUGGACGCUAUCCAAAGGCGGUUGUUGGAGAAAGUCGACGGAGUACUUGCGGUCCAUGAGUUCCACGUGUGGCAACUCGCUGGAGACAGGAUCAUAGCCAGUGCGCAUAUUAGGUGUAGAAAUCUGUCGGAGUACAUGAAGAUAGCGGAGAAGGUAAAGGAGUUUUUCCACAACGAGGGCAUACACUCCACCACGAUACAGCCGGAGUUUGUGGAGUUGCCGCAAGGUGGCAACGAGAUAAUCAGCGGGGCAUCAGCGGAGGCACCGUGCGCACUCCACUGUCCACCAAAUGACCUCUGUCACAACGCGACGUGCUGUGGACCCAAUCAACAGGAGCACAGCACGCCUUCUCCUGCAGUCACUCCGUACCUUUGCAGACAACGCAAUAUGGCCUCUCGGUCGGAGUCUAUGAACUCAAACCCUGGUACUGGACAGCCGAGGCCUGUCGGAUGGAACCUAGAGGCUUUAGAGUGCGGUUCCCUGCUCCCCACCCCCAUGGUGGAAGGCGAGACGGUGUGACGGCCGGCCGGCGCGGUUGCCUACUAACCUGAUACUUUCUACACAUUAGCUGUGAAAUCUAUACUAAUUGGCUACUUGACAGUUUUAUAAAAUGUUUUGUUAUUUCCCACCACAAUUGAUUUAAUUUAGAAAAAUUCAUAGUGUUAUUUCAAAAAAUUUUUUUCCUAAUGAAAGUUUUCUCGCAAAACACACUACAUCACGUGACAAUGUCGUCAUCCAUCACACAAUAUAUUGCCCGCGGAGCUUCACCAUAGGCAAUAGAGCGAGUUACAACCAAUCAUGAUUUAGUAAGUACGUCGUACCCUACUAAUUCCAUGGAACCAAUAAUGAAAAAGUGAAAUAUUGACAACCUAGGUGAUUUCACCACAGAGUGUCCAAUGUCUGAGCUAAGAGUUUACAAAUUUGUUUGUGUUUUGACGUCACGUCAUGUACUGUCAUUGCAUUGCCCCGUGUGUUUUGACUUCCUGUAAAGUAAGAGUAAAAAUUUUCAAUUUAAAAAAUAUAUACAUCUAUAUGUUUAAAUUGCAUAUUUAUUAAUUAACUUUAUGUUUCCAAUACUUUUCAUACUUUAUUAUGAUAUUAGUCAAGUAGCCAAUUUGAAGUCGGAGCCCAAAAGAGGCUCUCAAAGUAUAGCAACCAAAGAAAUCAUGCGUAAAACAUUAUAAUGUAAGUCCGUUAUAUCAAGCGUAUUGCUCAGCGUAAUAUUAUUCAAUUCUUUUUGCUCUGAUUCGAUGGUUAUCGAUUUAUCGCUAAUAUAGAAAAUAUUGUUCGAUUAAAUAUGAUUUUGAAAUAUGUGUUCUUUUGCGGAUAUAAGUUUUUUUACAUCUUCAGUUCUUUUAUGUUAUCAUACUCUGUGAUUCACAUUUUACUUUCAGAGUCUAAUUUGGAUCUGACUUAUCCAUUUAAUCGAAAUACACUUGCAAUAUUUUGAGACAAUAUAUUUAAUAAUACCAACCAAUUUACAUUUUUCCAUUUUAUUAACAGAUUUUCAAAUAUUUCAUUAAAAAUUAAAUUUACAUUUGGCUUUCGCAAAAAAUACUUUUAUGUUUAAAAAUGUUUCGGUAAUAACUUUUUUAAUUUAUCUCAUUAAUUAUUCGUUGUAUUUAGAAAUUAGUUCUUGAAGUUGGGCGUACAAAGAUGGCGACACCCAGGUACCUAUAUAGAAAGGUGCAUUAAAUAUAUAAGAAUAUGUGAAUUUUGGACUUUUAAGCAUAAGUUUAAAAAUAAUUUCACAACUAAUAUGUAGUUAUAAGUUAUUGUAAUACCAAAAUCAAGUUGUUAACAGUUUUGCUUUAAGAGACUUUAACACAAUGUUUAUCGAUCUAUGUGCCUUAUAUACUGCAGUCUAUAAGGCACACAGUUUUGAUAAAUUCUUUAUUAAUGUCACUUAGUGGGAUAUAAGUAUAUUGCAGUGUUAGUUGCCGAGGCAAAGUUUUGAGACUUGGCGCAUAUAUCAGCACAGAAGAUAAAAUAAACCUACUAAUAUUAUGAAUGUUGACGUCUGAUUGGUCGUUCUUGUACGUCAACAGAUACAGGGUUUCCAAUUACUAUGCCCUUUUUUUGGUAUGGCUAUCUCCACAGUAAAAAUAAAGAGAGUCGGAGAGUGGCAUUUAGGUUACUUUUUGACGUGGCCACGGACAACGGCUAGUAAAAAAUAAACGAUUCAUCAAAGUAAAAUAUGGAUCGUUGAAAAUUUAACAGUCAUUUUUUUAUAGUCUCCAAAUAUUAAAGUCAAGAUGUGUUGAUACGUGUGUACGGUCUAUGGGUUGCAAAAUUGUAAAAUGUAAUUUACUAGUUCAUUAAUUACCUAUCGAUGUUUAAAUCAUUAUAUAGAAGUAAAUUUCUAGGUGCUGUGAUAAUACAUAAAUUUGAUAUCUUAAUGGAGAAACAAAUUCGAUUCAAAUAUGAUUAAUUACUGACGUUUUUCGGCAGCUAGCAUUUUCAACCUGCGUAAUAUUUUACAUAGACUAAAUCCUCGAUUUCUCAAUUUGCACAUUUUUUUACACAUUUAUUAAUAUAUUAUGUAUUCAAACUAAAACUCCGAUUCGAACCGAUGGACCAACUUGUAUAAUUAUGUAAUAUUGGUCAGUAUUCGCUAGGAUUCAAAUAUAUCCCAAGUACAAUAGCUAUUAUUCAAUUGAUUUUUAUCUUUUUCUCGUUAAUAAGUAAGUCAAUGGCAUUAAUUUAACACAAGGUAAAUGUUUAUAUAAACAAAUAUUUUGUGAAUCCAGGUCGAUGACCUUAAGAUUAGCCACGUGGAUGUCGCAAAGCAUAUAUCAUAUCUUAUCUGAUUGAUAAUUAUGUUAAGCACGUUAAGUCCUUCUCUGUAUGUAAUAUAUUUAUACUAGAACACACUUGAUAGUAUUUCCAGACCUUAAUCCCUUAGAGAUAUUCAUUUGCAUAAAAUUAUGGCAAAAAUAAAAAAGUUAUGAAUUUUAUAAUUUUUUAACAAUUACAAUUAUUUUCAAUUUUCUCUACAAAAAUCGUGUAUCAGUGUAAUUAUAACUCAUUUUUUAAGUUGUUUUACCAGAAAUUAUAACGUUUUAUGCUAUCUUAGAGCAUGGCGUAUCCUGUUUUGUAUAUAACAUAAUUAUGUAAGGGUACAAUUUUUUGAUACUAUUAUCAUAUAAUGAAUUUCAUUCUCCUCCAAACUCUAAUGGAAAACAAACGAAACAAGGGUUUAUGUUAGAAUGUUUAGAUAUUUUUUGUUACUCAUGCAUAAUAUAUUCCUACAUUAAAACUUUAACGUCGCAUGCUGCCAAUUUAUAUUGAUACGUUCACAAAUUAUAUGUGAGGUCUUCAGUGAGUUAUUUCGUGAUAACACGAUUUUAUUUUCCUGCUUCAUUUCAUAAAUAUCAAAUUAGGAGUUUUAAAAAUUAAUUCAAUAUAAUACGAAUUAACUUGGCUCGUUAAUACAUUACUGCUUAAAUACUUUUAUAUAUGCUCGGACAGAUCUUGUUCUUAAUAUUGGAUAAUUAGCGCAUCCACGCAAUGUGUUCAUAAAAAAAAAACAGUCAAUACCUCGGCAUAAAAUAGCAAUAAAUAAAUAAAUAGAUAUUUCGUAACUAUCCAAAUAUGUGCAUUUUUAGAAACUGUUGAGGAUAAAUAUUUAAAAUUAGUUUCUCAUAAAUAUCUAUAGUGAACUGUUUCUUAUACUUAAAAAUGUGAUCAUAUUUCGUAGAUUAAGUAGAGAGACGCCAUUAUGGUCUAGCAUUUUUAUAGUGUACGUUUGAUAGGCGAAAUGCGGGUUCAGGCUGCAAUAAAUUAGAUAGACAAUCAUGAUUUAGCUGAAUAUUAGUUAUUACACUUUACUGUUGAACUAUUAUUUUCCACACGCCAGUUUCAGUAAUCCUUGGUUCAAUUUUCAAGUAUAGGUUUUUUAGGCUCUGCACAAGAACAUUUAAAAUAGAAAAAUCAUUGUACUAAUUUAUAUUUAUAAUAUUUUAUUCUUGUUUCGUAUAAAAUAUAGAAUUAUUAUUGUGCAUUUUACAGUUUAAUGAAAUUAUUAGUGGAUCAAUUAUGUUUUGUUGGCGACUGUACAAUGUUGGAAUGUUAUCGCUAAAUUUUAUAUAAUGUAAUAAAAUUUACAAUUUAAUCUGCCUAUUAUUCUAAUGGCGUUUUAAUUGACCUGGGGACCUACCAUGAAACAUAACACGUAGCAGGUCAUUGCGUCCACACGUACUCUGUUUUUUUUACGAUAUGAGAAAAAGAGAGCAGCUGGACGUCAGUAACGAACUACGUGUUUGUAUGUGUCGUGGUAGGCCUCAGACUCGCAACACGAUGGUGAAAAUUGUGGCUUACUAGCAGUUAAAUACGCUUCUGCAGAAGUAGAAUUGUUAUAUAUUACACUAACAUGCAAUUACACAUACGUUGAUAUUAAAAAAUAACAAAGCCUUAUGCGUUUAAUUCUAUUUAUAUAAUUUAAGCAGACAAGGGAUUCUUAAAUGAAAAAUUAACAUAAUUAUCCUAAUAUAUAUGGCUGAAGUGGCUUCCUAUGAAAAACGAGCUUCUCAUUUAUGCAAAAUAGAUUAAAUGUAACGUGUUUCUUUCUCGAUAUAGUUUAUCUUAUUUCUUUUUAAAUCCAUUUAUACUUAUAACAGUUUCAUCUAUUACUUUUUUAUUAUCUAAUAAUUGUAUUGCCCAUAAUAAUUUCAGUACUUAAACGUCCAUACGAUAAAAAAUACUUUUAUCAUAAUCCCAAAUUAUUGAAUAUAUAUGACUUUAAAAGCGUGUAAAUUCUUAGUUACGGUUGAUUGAUUACAUUAAACAACCCGCAUUGGACUCGUGUAUACUAAAUUUAAGUUAAAUAAUUUGUAACAUUAUUUAUUUUUUAAUAUAUAUAUUAAUUGUGCAGAAUGUUGUCAAGGCGUUACGGAUAACGUUUAGUAUAGACAAUGUCACUGGUCAAUAAAAAUGGCGCUUUCAGCAGUAAUUUUCGCUAGCAAUUCAAGAUGGGGACCUAAAUAUUCUAUUUAAUUUAGAUAUUGUAGUAGUAAAUAGUAAUAUGAAAUAAAGUUUAUUUUUUUGGAAAACCAGCACUAGAGGAUAUUAUAAUAAUAUAUUUUAAUUUGAACUAGACUAGUAUGAGCUAAAUUCAAUAGUUUUUUAAAUUUCUUUAAAUUUAUUUGCCACGUGACCACAAUGUUUUCACGUUACAAAAGUCGCCAUCUUGAUUAUAUUUGUCAAAAUGGCCACAGCUAGCAAAAAAAGAGCCGAACAUGGCCAGAAUGUAACUAUACUGUAUUUAUAUGUACAAAGUGUAGAUUGUACAUUGUGUAUAAGCACAGCCUUAAGUGAUCGUUCGGGCCGGUCAGACAUCUUUACAUUAUCAAUUGAAACUUUGUAAUUAAAACUUUAUUGUUUUUUACGUGUGGAUUACUAGGCACGUGGUUCCUUCUUGUUACAUUAUUUGGUAGGUGGCUAGAUAUUUUAUUUAAUACUCAACAAAUCAUAAGCAUUAGCCUAUAUUUUUUGUGUAUUACUUAUAUUCAAAUAUCAACAUAAGCUACGUUUACUAUUAAGUAUACCAAAAAUAAUUAAAUUACAGGUAUUAAUAGCAAGAGGAAUCACUGUGUCCUAUCGUAACUGUUCACUAUGAUGUAAUAAAUCAUAUUUGGUAAAAUAUACAAAUUGUCUAUGACGGGCCCUUAUAGUUUCUAUUUAUAAAUAAUUAAGUUUUAUUGUUUGGGAGACGAUGUUGAGACGUGAUUUUGAUGUUAGAGGAAUUGUGGAAAUGUAUUUUCACAGUUAAUAAAAAUAUGUAUUUGAAA